AUGAAAUUGCACGAUGAUUGUACGUUAGUGGUAAUUGCCUAUGUAUUCAUUUGCCGGCUCGGGCCGCAUGAAGAGAAAAGGGCUCUGAUAUCCACAGUUCUUCAACGUCGUGUAUCGUUUUAUAACAUGUAUCGCAUAGGGGGACUAUUAAGAAGGUGUGGUUAUGAUAAAUCAUAUGAUCCGCACCUGAAGGCCUUAUGGAAGUGCCAAACUGCGCUGUCUGAACCCAUUUCGCAAAAGGAAAAAAUGUGA